AUGGAUGAGAAUUUAGACGAGAAGGCGAUCCACGAGAUCGAGGAGGUACUGGGAACAAAAAUAUAUCCUGGAACAGAGAUCAUGAAAGAUGUCGGCACACAUCACUUUGUGAAGAGCCAUCACAAGUCUGUGCUCAUCCCACAACCAUCUGACGACCCCCAAGAUCCUCUAAAUUGGUCUCCUUUUUGGAAAAUUGCCACCAUCUUCAGUUCUACGGCUCUUUCAUUCAGCUUGAACCUAGGACCUCUGGCUCUUGCACCUAUGUUCGAGGCGUACAUCGAGGAGUGGGGUCGAAGUCUCGCAGACGUCGUCCAAUUUACCGGUGUAGCCAUUCUGGUGCUUGGAUUCAGUAAUUUCAUAUGGGUUCCUAUGUCGCAAACUGGGGUGGACGCGGAAGCUGGCAAUAGCGACAAGCUAGCCCCAACCGAGACACACGUUGACCCAGCCCUGGGCAAGGGGAAACCUGGAAAGAAGCAGUUUCUCCCUGUCCAGGGUUACGAGGGCAAUCUCUUCCGCGAGCUAUGGCUACCAUUCUAUCUUCAUCUCUACCCGAUUGUAGAAUUUGCGGCCUUUGUCGUGUCGUGGUCAGCCAGUGGAUUCCUUGUCGUCAACUUGUCGCAGACACAGGCUUUUGCAGCACCACCAUACGACUACAAGUCGCAGACGAUCGGUUUAUUCAAUAUUGCGGUGCUUAUCGGUGGUCUGAUCGGUCUAUUCACCUGUGGACCGUUGUCAGAUUGGGUAGCAGCUCACCUGACCGCUCGUAACAACGGGGUGCGCGAGCCUGAGAUGCGUCUCCUCGCUAUGAUUCCUUAUGUGAUAAUCAUGAUCUUCGGAAGCAUCAUCACCGCUGUUGGAUAUGACCAUCACUGGCCCUGGCAGGCCAUUGUGGUCCUUGGAUAUGCCUCCCUCGGAAUGCAGGUGUCUGCGUUGCCAUCCAUUGCUUCAACAUAUGCCAUCGACAGUUAUAAGCCUAUAACCGGGUCGAUGUUUGUUACCAUUACGAUUAACAAGAAUGUCUGGGGAUAUGGUGUCAGCAAAUUCAUCACGCCAUGGGCUGAAAAGAAUGGGUUCAUACCACCCAUCCUCGUCAAUAUGGCCUUGACCACCAUCUUCUGUCUUUGCGGGAUCAUUUUUUGGUUCUACGGAAAGAGAUUCAGGGGCAUCACAAAGGAUUCAUUUGUUCACAGGCUGUAA